AUGCUAGGGCCAUUGACUCUCGCUGUUGCAUUGCCUUUGCUACCCGCAGCAAAUGCUCUGGUUAGGAAAAAUGACGUUGGAAAAUUACCUGCUUUAGGAUGGAAUUCCUGGAAUGCCUUCGGAUGCGAUAUCGAUUCCAAGAAGGUCAUUACCGCCGCCAAUGAGGUGGUCAAUCUUGGACUGAAGGAUCUGGGUUAUGAAUAUGUGAACAUCGAUGACUGCUGGAGUAUCAAGGACAAACGCGACGAGAGUACAAAGCGUAUGAUUCCAGAUCCAUCCAAGUUCCCCGAUGGUAUUUCUGGUGUUGCAAAGCAAGUCCAUGAUUUGGGACUGAAAAUUGGGAUCUACAGCAGUGCUGGUGAGACUACCUGUGCUGCAUAUCCCGCCAGUCUGGGAUACGAGAAAGUCGAUGCGCAGUCUUUUGCUGAAUGGGGUAUUGACUACCUCAAAUAUGACAACUGCGGAGUCCCCAGUGACUGGGAAGAUACAUAUAAUGACUGUGUCCCUGAUAAGGGGAACUUCCCUAAUGGUACCUGUCCUGAUCUCACCAAGCCUGCCCCAGAAGGAUAUGACUGGAAAACAUCAAAGACAUACCAGCGGUAUACUGCCAUGCGCGAUGCGCUGCUCAAUGUUGACCGCACGAUCUUCUAUUCACUUUGUGACUGGGGUUAUGCUGAUGUGAAUACCUGGGGCAAUCAAACUGGAAACUCGUGGCGCAUGUCGCUCGAUAUCACCCCGGAUUGGGCCCGUAUCGCCGAGAUUGCCAAUGAGAACAGCUUCUUGAUGAACUACGCCAAUUUCUGGGGUUAUCCGGACCCGGAUAUGUUGGAGGUUGGCAAUGGAGAUCUUACUAUCGAGGAAAAUAGGGCGCACUUUGCACUCUGGGCUGUCAUGAAGUCCCCUCUGAUCAUUGGCACCGCGCUCGAUUCCAUCAACGAUGACCACUUGGCCAUUUUGAAGAACAAGUACCUUCUUGACUUCAAUCAAGACCCUAUUAUUGGCAGUCCUGCCCAUCCUUAUAAAUGGGGAUACAACACCGACUGGACUUUUGACCCGGUCCAUCCAGCAGAAUAUUGGUCUGGUCCAUCGUCCACUCUAGAGGGUACUUUGGUGCUUAUGCUGAAUUCCGAGGAUGCCACUUCUACGCGCACUGCGAAAUGGAGCGAGAUCCCGGAGCUUAACAGCCAUGAUGCAUAUAAGGUUAUUGAUGCUUGGACUGGCAAGGAUCUGGGAUGUGUAAAGUCUGAGUAUAGCGCCUCACUGAAGAGUCAUGAUGCGGCUGUGUUGGUGGUCAAGGAACAAUGCUAG